AUGGGACCUCUCAUUCAGAAGGAACAUGCAAGAUUGGGAGAUUGCGGAGCUCCAAGAUUUGUUGGCACUGCUAUACGGGCAAGACAGGCUCCAGCCAUCCUACGACUCUUGGUGAUGGGGCUUGCGUGGCGAUGUUUGUUCACCGUAAAGUCCUUUUACCAGAAAAUCUGUUUAGGUUCUGAUUGGUGGAGAGACAGGAAAAGGCUAGGACAACACAGUAGUUUUGCUUAUGAAAUGGCACUCUUGGUGGACCUGUCUCCUUUCUUGGACAGCAGAUGUAAGGAUCUAUUUAGAUGUGCAUUUCACGGGAAGCAUCUCAUUCAUGCUUCUCUUCAAUAUAUGCAGAUACUCUUAUAUUGUAGGUCGUCAAUACCACCACAGCAUCAAUGGCCUGCUACUCAGAAGCUUUUCACUUUGGAUGUAAUUUACCUCCACGACAAGCCUGGACCUGACAACUGUCCUCAGAAGGUGUAUGAUGCCCUCGUGGAGGCCCUUGAACUUGUCAGCGAAUAUGAGGCUUACAUAUUUGAGAGUGGUCAGGGGCUUACUCGUGUCCUCUUCCGUCAUAUCUGCACACUUCUAUCCCAUCCUCAGCAACGUUGUUGUCAAGAUGACAUUGACAUACCCAAGUCCCUUGCAAAGAAGUCACCUGUGGCUGAUCCUGCACCAGUUGACGAAAAUGCUGUUGUUUCCAGCCAAUAAUACAGAACACAAACAUUUGAAUCAUCAGACUUUCGGGGAGCUGCUUAUUAUUCAUCUUGUUUUCCUGUCUAGAAUGCAGCCCCCAUUUGUUGAUAACACUUCAAAGUUAAUUUUAGAGGUUUUAAUGGAUUGGUAUAAACGUAUCACUGUAUCAGGAAUGGUAAGCAGUAUCUGCUUCCCUUAUUUGCCUUUUGCAUUUGCUGUGUACCUACAUGUAUGCCUUGGAAUAUUCUACCAGAGAUGUUUAUUUAGCAUUCUAGGUUCUUAACUGAACAUUA